GCCAUCUCUCGAAGAACAUGUGUGAGCCGAAAAUGUCAUUUGAAAUGUGACAAUUACCAGGAAUUUUAAUCAAUUUGCAUUGAAUUUACACAGUUGUCUGACAAAGAGAGCAAUAUGAAACGAGUAGGAUACUGGAUGAAUGAAAAGAAACGAAACAAGUUGAAGUUUGAUGACUUUGUGCGGCUAUCAAGGGAUGCAGGGAUUGAUGUCUCUCUGAUUGACUUGGACAUCAACCUUGAAGACCAGGGACCUUAUGAUCUGAUCCUACAUAAGCUUAAUGAUGUCCUUGCUAAAGCUGAUACUGGAGAUGAUCAAGCAAGGAACAGGAUACAGAAUGUGCAGAGCUACUUGAUGUCAAAUCCAAGAACCAUUGCAAUAGAUCCACUAGAGAAUGUGCAGAGACUUCUCAGUAGAAACAACCACUAUAGGCUCAUAGAAGAGUGCCAUGCACAGGAAGAAGGUCUGAGUGUUGUGGUACCUGCCUAUGUGGAACUGGAUACUAAUGAUAUCUCCACCAAUAGACAACUCAUGCAAGCUAGCGGCCUUACAUUUCCUUGUAUCUGUAAACCUCUUGUGGCCCAGGGACCAAGUUCACAUAAGAUGUCCAUUAUCUUCAAUGACAUGGGUCUCAAAGACAUCCAGACUCCCUGCGUCGUGCAGAGCUUUAUUAACCACAAUGCAGUGCUGCAAAAAGUCUUCAUUAUCGGUGAUCUCAUACAUAUUGUUCAACGACCUUCUCUAAAAAACUUCUUGAAUACAGAUAAAGAUACAAUAUUUUUCAACAGUCACGAUGUGUCUAAGCCCUACUCUGCCUGCUUUCUCAAUGAGCUUGAUGAUGUCAUCCAACCCAAGAUGGCUGUAUGUGAAGAUGAGAUCAGGAGAAUAUGUCGCCAUGUACAGACACACCUUGGCCUAGAGUUGAUAGGAGUUGAUAUUGUGCAGGACAUGACUACAGGCAGAUAUGCAAUCAUAGAUAUCAACAUAUUCCCAGAUUUUGACGAGGUCCCUAACUUCAAUCAUGAGUUACUUAAAUUUCUGCAGCUGAAGCUCCAGUCUUCCAAAACAGCCGUGCCAUCAAUGGGGGAAUCUGAAUUCUCAAUGAAACACAUGAUAGGUGGCGUUAAAUGCUUAUCAAAGAACACUAUAGAGGACUCUGAUCUCACCUCAGAUAAUACUAAAGAUGGAGCCACUUGCCUGAUAAUAGGUGGCACAAGAAGUAUAAUCAAAGCUUCCAAAAGCAGCAUAAGUUCCCCAAAAGAUGCUUCCCCACCAAAAAGGACAAUCAAUGGAAUUGUUAAUAACAUCGGAAUACAUUCUAAUGAUGAACUGUUCCAUACACUCAAACAAGACCUUACCCAACAGAGUGAUUUGGUGCAAAAGUUAAGUUGCUCUGGUAGUAAAUCUGAAACUUUUAAUGAGUCAUAGUUUUGAUCAAAAUUCAAAAUUUGGCAUUCCUGUGUUACCAUGACAGCUAGGGUGUGAGGGGGUUACAAUAAUUACUUAUAAUUGUCACUAGUGUGCAAUUGGUAGAUUAGAGCAACAACCACCAACAUUAAAUUCAGAUUUAUGCCAAAAAAGGAACUACAAUGAUAUGGUAAAUAAUCAAUGGGAUAUAAAGCUUGUUUGUUCAUAAACUUCUGCAAAGAAAUCAUUACCUUGCUCAUGUUCUAUUGACUAAAAAUGGUGCUGAAAAUUGAUAUUUAAAAAUGAAUCCAUUAACAGCAUAUUUUGAAAAACUAAGCAUGUAAAAGGCAGCAGCUUUCAUUAGCCUUUACAUUAUAAACUUAUCUGCAGGUGCCCUGUGGAUUGGACUACUGUUACCUGUAAGAUAUUUUUUCAUAUAUUUAUUGAAUUGUAUAGUUGAGUCGUUAAGGUUUAAAUAUAAUUAAUUUUAAUGCAUAUAAUAUCUGAACAGUGAUUUUAAAAUGAACCUGUAUAGUAUGCAAUGUGCAUAAUUCACUUGUAAGCACUUAUAGGCAGUCUUACUACAUUUAUUUAGUCUGUUAUACACAUAAACUGAAUUACUGUUUUAGCCUCUAUAUUAUGGGCAAUGUUUUAUUUAUCGAACAGCAUUAUUGAGUUGAGACAGGAGGUCAAACUUGAUAAAUACAAGACACUGCAUCAUAAUGUGGUUGAAUAUUGUAUAGUUUUGAAGAUAAUUUCAUUGUUAAUGUAUUUAUUGUUUCUUGUGUACUGAAUGCUUAUGACUGCCAAAGAACCUUAUGGCUUGACAUAUAUAAGGUUAACCCAUCCAACUGUGCCUCAUUUGGAUUGAAAUCAGGGUCCGAGCUAAUGUUCUGAGAGCAGCUGGUCAAAUGAUAUUAUUGAUGAAUUGCAUAAUAUUAUUUUCUCCAUCCAUAUUCUCUGAUGCCCAUGUCAAAAGUAACCUGGCAAUGGACACCCUGGGUCUUAAUUAAACCCCUGAUGAAAAUACUUAUACUAAUAGUAUCUUCUUUAAAUGAUUUAAAAUGGGGAGGCACUGAAUGUCCCUGAUUGUAGUUCAUAUAUCAUUGCAAAGGAGUGGUUAUGAUUUGGUGAACUCAUUCAACAUCUUUUCUCUCAACCAGUAUAGAAAAAAAUCAGAAAACAUUACGUAUCGUCAAUGCAACAAUAUAAGUUGAAAAAUAUUUUUUUGUAAAUAAUUUUUAGAAUACCCAUCCGCCACUGUCCUUUGUUGUUGCUACCAUAUGUUUGGAAUGGAAUGAAAUAUUUAUCCAACCCUCGUUGGAACAAAAUG